GGCGCUGUCCCCAGGCUCCCAGCCGCGGUGGCCGCCGCGGAGGGCAGCUGGAGAGAGCGGCCGCAGAGAAGUCACAUAGUGAAGUUGGAAAACAUACGGGACCUCCCUGCAAGCCGGCGCCGCCCGCUUCCUCCCCGAGGGGCUUCGAGAGGAUGCGACCCGACGCCUGCACUCCGGGAACGCAGGGCUAGGGUGUCCGGGAGGGAUGCGGCAAUGGCUCACUUGCCCAAGGUGAGCCCGAGGGUGAAGGAGUUAGCUCUGUGCAGGUCACUUUCCUUGACGUCAAUGACCCAGUGUGGGGCGUGACCAGAGCAGCUCAGGUGCCCAGCCAUUUUGGCUGCGAAUUGGAAGAAAAAAUAAAAAGAAGAAAACUAGCUGUACAUGAACUAAGUCGGCGUGAGCCAGUGCCUUGUGGAUGCUGGCACCCACAGGGAGCUUAAGUCACUGCCCUUAGCCCGCUUAGCUUAUCCCUUGGACAAGAAAGGGCCUGUGGUAGCCCAGAUGCCCUGGCCGUCUAUAAGGAGCUUUAGCUAAGAGGGGAAGAAAGAGGCAGGAGGCAGAACACCCUCCGUGCCCAGAUGCCAGAGUAGCUACCCUGUCCCCUGCUCCCCAGCCCAGGGGCAGUCAAGGGAAGAGCAAUGGAGACCUGCUUGGGCAGGCUCUGGCUAUGUGUGAUGCUGUUUCUGCCUCUUCUUCAGCUCUGCCAGGAUCAGGAGCUGUUUGGACCUUCUCUUCAGACACCAUCAGAGGAAGACCAGGUUCCUGAGGGCCUCUGGGGACAUUGGGGCCGGUGGGCCCCCUGCUCCCAGCCCUGUGGGGUGGGGGUGCAGCGCAGAAGCCGAACAUGUGAACUGCACCCUGGCCUAUCCCUUCCUCCCCGACCCCCAAGACAUCCAGAAGCUCUCCGGCCCCGGGGUCGGGAUCAGGGUUUCAGAACCCAGACUGCCCGGGAACCCCAGUCCCUGUACAGACCACCACCUCGGGGAAGGGGUGGCCCUCUUCAAGGUCCUGCUUCUCAACUGGGGAGAGAGAAGACCCAAGAGACUCAAGGGGCCCAGAGGUCCCGGGUUCGAGACCCUAUCAAGCCAGGGAUGUUUGGUUAUGGGAGAGUGCCUUUCGCCUUGCCCCUGCACCGGAGCCGCAGGCACCCCCGCAGACCCAGACGGGAGCAACCCAACAACUCUACAGGGAAAGGGUCCUUUCCAUCCCAGCCUCUAAGCACAGAAGUAGCCCCUGCAGACCGCAGCCCUCAAACGCAGCUUCCCGAACUACAUGCCCAUCCCAGCUCCCCCUCAGCUGAACCUCCAAAGCCUGGAAGUACUCAGAUAGAGGUGCCCCCCAGAAGCGGUUCUGCUCCCUCUGACACGGGGAUCCCUUCACCCACGUCCUUCGUUGGAGACAGUAGGUCUUUCCAGGGAUCCCCUGGGCCACGGAUGCCAUCUUCCCAGGGUUGGAACAGUCCCCAGGGAGCAGAGCCACGCCCUCAUCCUUUCCCUUCUGUCCCCCGGAGUCGGAGUCGAGGCCAACAGAACAGGGGGCACUGGAGACCUCGAGGGACUCCUCCCAGGUCCCCAGAAGGCUGGCUGCCUCUGACAAGAGACUCCAGCCCCCUCUGGAGCCUUUUUACUCCCGGUAGCCCUGUUCCAAAAUGCUCUGGGGAAAGUGAGCAGCUGAGAGCCUGCAGUCAAGAGCUUUGCCCCCCUGAGCAGCCAGACCCCAGAGCCCUGCAGUGUGCCGCCUUUGACUCCCAGGAAUUCAUGGGCCAGCUGUACCAGUGGGAGCCCUUCACUGAAGUUCAGGGUUCCCAGCGCUGUGAACUAAACUGCCGCCCCCGUGGCUUCCGAUUCUAUGUCCGUCACACCGAAAAGGUUCAGGACGGGACCCUGUGUCAGCCUGGAUCCCUAGAUAUUUGUGUUGCGGGUCGCUGCCUGAGCCCCGGCUGUGAUGGGAUCCUUGGCUCUGGCAGGCGUCCAGAUGGUUGCGGAGUCUGUGGAGGUGAUGGCUCUACCUGUCGGCUCGUUUCGGGAAACCUCACUGACCGAGGGGGCCCCUUGGGCUAUCAGAAGAUCCUGUGGAUCCCUGCGGGAGCCACCCAUCUUCAGAUUUCCCAGUUCCGACCCAGUUCCAACUACCUCGGUGAGAAACUGGACCUAAGUCCCAGUCCACCCUGUUUCUUUGAUCUGCCUUCCCUCUUCAGCACAGCAGAAAGCCAAACAGGAAGAGCACUUCGAGGGCCUGGGGGCCGCUCCAUUAUCAACGGAAACUGGGCUGUGGAUCCUCCCGGGUCCUAUUCGGCCGUCGGGACUGUCUUCCAGUAUAACCGUCCUCCUCGGGAGGAAGGCAAGGGGGAGAGUCUGUCAGCAGAAGGCCCCACCACCCAGCCCGUGGAUGUCUAUAUGAUCUUUCAAGAGGACAACCCUGGUGUUUCUUAUCAGUAUGUCAUCGCCUCCCCUCCUGCAGUCCCGGAGAGCCCCUCCGCCAAGCCUCCAGCCCUUCAACUUCAGCCUGAGAUGCUGAGGGGAGAGCCCCUACUUGCUCCCGCUCCCCGCCCAGUUCGGGCACCAGGCACCCUCCAGCGUCAGGUGCGGAUUCCCCAAGUGCCCGCCCUGGCUCACGCCAGGACAUCCCUGGGGUCCGCCGGAUACUGGAAGCAAGUGGGGCAUUCCGACUGUUCAGCGUCCUGCGGCAAAGGUGUUUGGCGCCCCAUUUUCCUCUGCAUUUCCCGUGAGUCAGGAGAGGAGUUGGAUGAACAGAGCUGUACCACGGGUGCCAGACCCCCAGCCUCCCCUGAACCCUGCCAUGGGCCCCCGUGUCCCCCAUACUGGGAGGCUGGGGAGUGGACAUCCUGCAGCCGGUCCUGCGGCCCUGGCACCCAGCACCGCCAGCUGCUCUGCAGACAAGAAUUUGGAGGCGGUGGCUCCUCUGUGCCUCCAGAGCGUUGUGGACAUCUUCCCCGGCCCAACAUCACCCAGCCUUGUCAGCUGCACCUCUGCGGCCACUGGGAGAUUAGCUCCCCCUGGAGCCAGUGCUCAGUGCGUUGUGGCCGCGGUCAGAGGAGCCGACAAGUCCGGUGCGUGGGAAGCAACGGCGACGAAGUGAGCAAGCAGGAGUGCGCUUCCGGGCCUCCCCCACCACCCAGCAGAGAGGCCUGUGACAUGGGACCCUGCACCACAGCCUGGUUCCACAGCGACUGGAGUUCCAAGUGCUCAGCCGAGUGCGGGACAGGAAUCCAGAGGCGCUCUGUGGUCUGCCUUAGGAGUGGGGAGACCCUCCAGGGGGACCAGGAAGCAGGAGCAGGAAGCGCUGAGCAGGGCUGUCCUCUCAGAAGCCGCCCUCCUGACAUGCGUGCCUGCAGCUUAGGGCCCUGUGAAAGGACAUGGCGCUGGUACACAGGGCCCUGGAGUGAGUGUUCCUCGGAGUGUGGAUCUGGCACGCAGCACAGAGACAUCAUCUGCGUGUCUAAACUGGGAGGCGAGUUCAAUGUGACUUCUCCCAGCGACUGUUCCCACCUACCCAGGCCCCCUGCGCUGCAGCCCUGUCAGGGGCAGGCCUGUGAGGACCGAUGGUUUUCUACUGUCUGGAGUGCGUGUUCUCGCUCCUGCGAGGGAGGCACACAGACACGGGAAGUCCAGUGCCUGAGUGCCAACCACACUCUCAGCGCCCGAUGCUCUCCUCACCUGCGACCUUCCCGAAAGCGGUCCUGUAACAGCCAGCCCUGCCACCAGCGCCCGGAUGACCAAUGCAAGGACAACUCUCCACACUGCCCCCUGGUGGUACAAGCCCGGCUCUGCGUCUACCCCUACUACACAGCUACCUGCUGCCGCUCUUGCGCCCACGUCCUGGAGCGGUCCCAGCUGGAGCCUGCUUGAAAUGGGUCCAAGAGAUUUUUCUCUUCACGGUUUUCUUAUGCUAGCACUGGGCACCCACUGACGAGCCCACUCUGAAUUCUCUGGCUUCUCACCUGGUCUCAGUGCCACCAGAAACACUCAGUGUCCUCCGCUGUGAGAUAAGGGGACUGUUCAUCUGCUGUUGGGUUUGCUCUAUAGCGUGACGCCCCGAGAUGUGAACCUGGACUAUCCGGGUGUCUGCCUCGCGUAUGUGCCACUUCCCUAAAAGCAGACUGGGGAAGGGUGGGAAGUGGGCCACGCUUGUUUUCCGGGAUUUUUUCUGGGCUGAGGAGGAUCAGGGUUACCUCUCCACACCAGUCUGAGCUACUUAAAGUGUGCCCCCACAAGUUCCAGUGCGUGUCCCAAUCCUGAUUUCCAGGUCAGGUCUAAGCUACCCUGCUGCCCCCCGCCCCGCCCCUUAUCUAGCCUCUGUAUCCCUACCUCCCCUUGCUAUCCUACCUUGCCCAGGAAGGACCAGGCCUCUCCAGAGCAGGGACCAGUUGUGAAGAGGAUGAAAGAGAGCUGUCAGCAUAAGACACCCUAGCCCCCGCCCCCACUUCACACCGAAAGUGAGGCCCAUCCCAGAACUAAUUUAUUUUUUAUUAAAGUUGAUUGUGACAAA